AUGACCCAACACGACCCCCAUCACGACGCCAAACUACCCCCCAACAGGACCCAAGCCCACCCCAUCAGGAGGCCAAACUACCCCCAACAGGACCCAAGCCCACCCCAUCAGGAGGCCAAACUACCCCCCCAACAGGACCCAAGCCCACCCCACCAGGAGGCCAAACUACCCCCAACAGGACCCAAGCCCACCCCAUCAGGAGGCCAAACCACCCCCCAUCAGGAGGCCAAACCACCCCCAUCAGGAGGCCAAACCACCCCCCAUCAGGAGGCCAGCCCACCCCAUCAGGAGGCCCAACUACCCCCCAUCAGGAGGCCAGCCCACCCCCAUCAGGAGGCCAACUACCCCCCAUCAGGAGGAGGCCAAACCACCCCCCAUCAGGAGGCCAAACCACCCCCCAUCAGGAGGCCAAACUACCCCCCAUCAGGAGGCCAAACUACCCCCAUCAGGAGGCUAGCCCACCCCAUCAGGAGGCCCAACUACCCCCAUCAGGAGGCUAGCCCACCCCAUCAGGAGGCUAGCCCACCCCAUCAGGAGGCCCAACUCCCCCCCCAUCAGGAGGCUAGCCCACCCCAUCAGGAGGCCAAACUACCACCCCAUCAGGAGGCCAGCCCACCCCAUCAGGAGGCUAGCCCACCCCAUCAGGAGGCCAAACUACCCCCCAUCAGGAGGCCAAACUACCCCCAUCAGGAGGCUAGCCCACCCCAUCAGGAGGCUAGCUCAUCCCAUCAGGAGGCCAAACUACCCCCCCAUCAGGAGGCUAGCCCACCCCAUCAGGAGGCCAAACUACCCCCCCAUCAGGAGGCUAGCCCGUCACAGUCCAAGUCCUCAGACAAGGCCCGCCGCGACCUGGUAGGAGAGCAGCGAUUGGUCCAGGGCUCUGAGAGGUCCUGCCCCCAGCUCUCGCUUCCCGAGGUGUCGUCGGCCGGCCGCUCCGGGAGAGCCAUAACCCCGGGUCACAGCUCUGCCCACGGGUCCACAGAGUUCCUCCCUCAGUGGAAAGGCCUCGGAAAAUGUGUGAUUCUGGACAAUUCUAAAAUUCUGGAUGAGGAGGAUAUUCUGAUUUAG